GAGACUUCGAGGCUAAUCCGUCGACACGUUGAGAUCUACGUGUUCUUUCCAUGGACUUUGGUUCGGGAAGAGCGGGCUCACCUCUCGGUUGCUGACAACUCCGAGUAUGAGGCCACCGGGUGGCCUGAACCAUUUGAAAUUCCUCAAUUGGAAGACACAUGUCCACAAUCGGAUGCCUACAAGCUAAACGUCAAGCUUGGCCCUCCUUGGCCACCUUGGUGCCCUCGAACCAUCUCAUAAGCCUUCGAGUCUGUCGAGGCCAGAGUGUUGGAAGGCUUCAGCGAGCCUUCGAGGCAUGAUAUAUCACCUCCCGCGAGACAUUCCAUACAGACUGAAUGAACCACAAGAUGAUAACAACAACCUUCAAUGAAUGUCUGGCUUACAUCGAUCCUGGAAGGGGUGUCCGAUUCUUGGCAGGACUGGGCCGUCAAUUGCUGAAGACUCAAGCAUCCUCCAACGAUAAUGCUGUAUAAACAAAGACCCGAUUCUGAAAAAGGGGGCUGCACGCUGGAAAGGCAUGCACGACGAAUAUUGUCCAUUUGGUCGAAGGGGCUUUCUCUGCCACGCCACCAUGUCUGAUCAUGUUCUCUCGCAGUGCAACACCCCACAAAGUGGAUCAGAUGCGCAGCUGCGCAGCUGCGCAGAACCCUCUGCUUACAAAAGCCCAACAUGCGGUGCCUUCGCCAAGACCACGCCCUCAAAGUGAGUGGUGGAUCGUGGAUGAGGAUAGGAGUCGAGCCAUGGAUUCGGUUGUGGUUGACUGCAGAUCAGCAUUCCUGCCGAGUACCUUCAAAGCGGCUGUACAAGUCACAAACCUUGUUCUCAUAUUGUCAUGGCGAAGAACUCGCCAGAGAUUGUACGCCUCGUUGAGAAUAUCACAUUACUUCGGAACCAUAAUACGAGAUCAUAGCAGCAAGAUGUGAACAGACCUACUCCAACGCGACACAUCAAUACUACCGCAAUCUCACCAUUCUCGGUAUCUUGAUCAGAGGAUUACUGUCUCGAGGACGGUCUCUUCGGCUCCAUCCAUGUCUCCCCGCAAGCUGACGUGCUCAUCGAGAGCAUGAGAACAGGAGGGCAAGACCAAUGAAGAGGAUUGCCGAAGCUUCGCCUCAGGGUAUCAAUGGCCAAACACUGAAGGAGGGUCACCAGCUUGCAGGCGAGGCUGACCGUGAUGAUGGCUACCCUUGGGAACGCCCAGCUACGGGUGUGGUAUACCGAAGAUUAAUGUCAUGG